ACGCUCUGCCCUUCAAUCUACCCAGACUCCCAGAGCAUACUAUGAUACUACCAGAAAAACUAGCAAGGUUUAGCACUUACGUUUACGAGAUGUCAACCACCACAGCCACCGCCGGGCUGACCAUGAAGCUUCUCAUCGACAGGAAGGCACAGCGGGUGCUGUUCGCGGAGGCGAGCAAGGACGUCGUGGACUUCCUCUUCUCCCUCCUCGUGCUGCCCAUCGCCACGGCGGUGAAGCUGAUCGGGAAGGAGGCCAUGGUUGGCUGCGUCGGCAACCUCUACGCAAGCGUCGACAAGUUGGACUCCGCUACCUACGUGCAGGCCGGCGUCGGCAAGAACGCGCUCCUCUGCCCUACGGUUGUCUCGCCGGCGGCGAACACUAGCAGCUCACUCCUCCGUCUGCCGGCGCCGUCGUCGGUGCAGCCAAAGCAGCUGUAUAGAUGUACCAAUACCAACAAUAUGAACGUCAACAACUGCCGCGCCUACAUCACGGAACAGUACGGCAGGGCGUGCCCGGCAUGUGGCUGCUCCAUGUCUACCACAGCGAAUUACCUGCCGUUUGCGGGGGGCAGCAGCGCCUCCGUCGGCCAAUCGGUGGCGCAGAGCGCGGCGGGAGGGUUCGUGCAGGGCACCGCGACGUACACGGUGCUGGACGACCUGACGGUGACGGUAACGCCCAAGUCCUCCAUCUCAAGCAUCACCUUGCUCAACACCUUCGCCGUGAGGGACAUCGGCGACCUCCAGGAGAAGACCGUGCAGCUGGGCUACAACCAGGGUCUGGCGAUUCUCGAGGCGUCGCUCAAGUCCAAGUCCGUCCUCACUGACGUCUUCCUCUACGCCAACAAGUGACAAAGGCUUCCGGUCCGUGCGGUACGGUAGUGCCUGAAACUGCAAGGUGCCAGUCCCUCCCGCUCAUCAUGUCGUUGAUGACAUGAACGGACAAGGCUUUUCUGAAGCUUCCACACCUGUUUCUACUUCAAUGCUGGUAGUACGUAUAUGUAGGUGGAACCAUUAUCCUCUUUGUUGUCGUCGGAAGAAGGUUGGUUGUAGGUCGGUUCUGCGACUUUUGUAUCUUUGCUGAGCAAUGCACAAUCAGUGUAUCUUGUCAAAAACAAGUUGCCUAAAUACUACAUAUAUGGUG